GUAAAUAUGAUUCAUUUCACUGGGUGAUUUAUUACAAGCAACUUGUUAAUUUAAAUUUCAAUCGGUAUGAUACCUAUCUAAGAUCUAUUCAAAUUAAUAUUAUCUAUCUAUAUCUACUUACCAGCUACUUAGGUACUGAAGUCGUUUGAAGUAAAAGCAUCCAGUGGGUACAUAGUUGCCCGAUAACGCGAUGGAAAGCUGGAAAAUAAUUACGUAUAAUGUUGCGAUAUGUAUGUUUUUUUUUGAAAUACGACCUCUUGAAACAUAUUUAACAGCUUAUCUUACUGGACCAGAUGGAAACGUUUCGCUUUCAGAGGUGGCUAACACGAUGGAGUCAAUCAGAUCGUAUUCAGCUCUCAUUGCAAUUGUAAUAAUGCUAACCAUUACUGAAUACUUUUACAAGCCGGCAAUCAUAGUCUUAACAGGUUGCUCAUUUAUUGGCUAUACCCUGAUGGCAGAUUUUCCGAGUUUGACACAGUUGCGACUAGGAACGGCUGCAAUAAAUGCAGCGUCGAACGCCUACAUAAUAGGUUUUAGCUAUUUGUUCAGCCAAAUUAGUGACAGACAACAGUAUCAAAAGGCGACCAGCAUUGUCUCGGUCAGCUUACAGCUUGGCAUUUUUUGUGGUUCUAUAUUUUCUCAAAUAAUUGUUAGUAUCACCGGAGGAACUUAUACAAUUCUACCUUAUUGCAGUGCAGCCGCAAUGUUCUUAUCUAUAAUAAGUGCAUGUCUACUUCCGACGAAAAAAGGACAUUCUUUUCUAAUGACGAAUGUGCUUAACGAAAAUACUAGACUUCUCGAAAAUGGCUUAAAAAACAAAAUGGAAACUCGUGAAAAAAAUAUUGUUAUGAUGCAAUCUAUUAAGAAUAAUACUGCAAUGGAAAAUAACUUAAAAGGAUUAUUGGCGAACUUUAAAAAAUCAUACUCGGAUACAGUUGUGCUAAAAAGGUCCAUUUUGUACGCGAUCACUAUGGGAUCACAUUCACAGACUUUAAUUAACAUGAAUGUAUUGUAUUCGUACAUUGUCAGUAAACCAGGUAAUCAAGAUGUCUUGUUAAACGGAUAUGCGGAUGCAAUGUUUAGUUUGUUUGGAGCAUGGGGUGCCUAUAUCAUUGGAAAAUUGAAAUUUGAUUGGAAUUAUUAUGGCGAUGUCUUUACUGCCGUUUGCUGCUCUAUCAUGGGAAUUCUUAUGAUGACAUGUUAUUUUUACAACCAUUUGUGUUUUAUAUAUUUAUCGUAUAUAUUAUACGGUAUGUUUAGUCAAAUGGUAUUUGUUUCAAAUUGCUCCGAAAUUGCGAAACGAUUGAAGAACAAUGCCUUUUCUCUUGUUUAUGGAUUCAAUUUAUUUGUAUCUUUAUUAAUAUCUGCUUUUAUGACAACAUUUUAUGUUCAAAUUAAUUUUCUGGAUAUUACUAUUCCCGGACGGUUUUUGUUUAUUGGUGGUUUAAAUGUAUUUCUUGGAAUAGGAUUCUUUUUCACUUCGUAUCUCAGAAUGACCAAGCCCCGAUGAUGAACAACACUAUUUUUAUAUUAUAAUAUUAUAAUCUGAAUAUUCUUGAUAUUUAUUGUGUCUAUAAUUAUUAUUUUUCAAUAUAAUAAAAUAGUAAAUUAUAAUUUUUUGUACGACAUUAGUAUGCCUAAUAAUAAUUUACAUAAAUAUAAUUAAUAUUAUACUUAUCAA